AUGAAUGCUGUGGAACAAGGAUACAACUACCUAUCUUGUGACCUCCUACAUUCGACCACAAAGUGGUUUCUACCAGUGACCAGCCUGGUCAGCUUUUCACUUCUCACUCUCAUCCUCCUCCACCGAUAUAUCAAAUAUCGUCGUAUGAGACAAGCACACAUAAUCUCUACCUCUGGAUUCAAAGAAAAGAAUCAAGACGUCUGGCUUCAAUCUACUGCCAUGGAAAAAGGAAACAUCCUCUCACCGGGCUCGCACCCAUCGGCAUGCGAUAUCCUGCAACCUUUAUCCCGUACAAGCCUCCUGCCAAGCAGUGGAGCCCUCGCUGCACGGGCCCGAGAGCAGCAAAGUGGAAGUGCUGCAUCUUCGAUGGCUUCCUCGCCUGACUGCGAGGUGCAAAAACACAUUGAAUCAACUCAGCAAAUGUGCGACGAGGAUGCCGGGGGUGUGCGCACUUGGAAACGUCUUGUCGUUGAGUAUCGAUAG